AUGGCUUUUGUGAUCUUUAUCAACAAAGUUGCACCAAAAGUGCGUAAAGUUUUACUGUGGUUCCAUCUUCGCCACAUUAACAACGGUUUGUUCAUCGAAUUGAACAAGGCAACCAUUAAUAUGCUACGGAUUUCCGAACCCUAUAUUACAUGGGGCUAUCCAAAUCUUAUAUCAGUUCGUGAAUUGAUCUACAAACGUGGAAUUGUCAGGCACAACCAUCAACGUGUCCCAAACUCUGACAACUUUGUGAUCGAACGCAAAUUGCACAAAGCGCACGAUAUUCAGUGCGUUGAUUAUUUGGCGCACGAAAUAUUCACUGUUGGAUCCCACUUCAAGAAAGCCUCGAACUUACUGUGGCCACUACGUUGGUGA